UCUCGCAUUAUAGAAGUCUCGCGAUAACUCAAGCGGUUGCCAUUUAAAGCAGCAGUAGCGAGGCGCGAUUCGCGCGAACCCCGGACAGAGGAGAGGAACUAUUACUGGGAUAAACGACAGCCGUUCACAGCCCACUGAGCUGCUCUACAUCCAGCGACAUGAUGGCAGACGACCUGGACAUCGAGGCGAUGCUGGAGGCUCCGUACAGGAAGGGGGACAGCAAGAUCCAGAGCCCUGAUGGACAGGAGGAGCACAGCAAGAGGAAGAGACGCAGCCGGAGUCACAGCAGAGACAGGAAGCGCAGCCGCAGUCGGGAAAAGAAGAGAAGCCGGAGUCGUGAUCGCAAACGCAGCCGCAGCCGAGACAGACGCAGGAGUCGCAGCCGGGAGCGCAGACGCAGCCGAGAGCGGGGAGGGCGCUACAAAGACCACCACAAGCACCGCAGACGAUCGAGGAGUAAGAGUCCAAUCAAGAAGGAGAAAAGCCCUGCCAGGCUGCCUUUAGAUAACCUGACUCCAGAGGAGCGGGAUGCUCGGACCGUGUUCUGCAUGCAGCUUGCAGCCCGGAUACGCCCACGGGACCUGGAGGAGUUCUUCUCUGCUGUGGGAAAGGUUCGGGACGUGAGGAUGAUCUCUGACAGGAACUCGCGCAGGUCAAAGGGCAUCGCCUACAUUGAGUUUGUGGAAGCCAGCUCAGUUCCUCUGGCCAUCGGCCUGACGGGACAACGGCUGCUGGGAGUUCCCAUCAUCGUUCAGGCCUCCCAGGCAGAGAAGAACCGAGCUGCUGCUGCAGCUGCAGCCAACAACCUUCAGAAGGGGACGUUUGGACCAAUGAGGCUGUAUGUCGGCUCACUGCACUUCAAUAUCACUGAGGAGAUGCUGCGAGGGAUCUUCGAACCAUUUGGACGGAUUGAAAAUAUUCAGCUGAUGAUGGACAACGAGACGGGGAGAUCUAAAGGCUACGGCUUCAUCACUUUUGCAGACGCAGAAUGUGCUAAGAAAGCUCUGGAGCAGCUCAACGGCUUCGAGCUGGCGGGUCGGCCCAUGAAGGUGGGUCAUGUGACCGAGCGGACCGACGCCUCCAUGGCUUCGUCCUUCCUGGACAACGAUGAGCUAGAACGGUCAGGGGUCGACCUGGGAACCACAGGGAGACUGCAGCUGAUGGCCCGGCUUGCUGAAGGUACAGGUCUGCAGAUCCCUCCUGCUGCUCAGCAGGCUCUACAGAUGAGCGGAGCGAUUGCUAUUGGAGCGCUGGCUGCUGUGUCAGCUGCCAUGAAUCCAAGUCUCAACAUGAACAUGAACACUCCAGCUAUGAAUCUUCCGUCUCAGCCGCUCGCCACUCACUGCUUCCAGCUGUCCAACAUGUUCAACCCCAACAGUGAGAACGCUCCAGGCUGGGAGCUCGACAUCCAGCACGAUGUCAUUGAAGAGUGCAACAAACACGGAGGAGUCGUCCACAUCUACGUUGACAAGAACUCACCUGAGGGGAAUGUUUAUGUGAAGUGCCCGUCCAUCCCGUCUGCCAUGGCUGCUGUUAACGCUCUGCACGGGAGAUACUUUGGAGGUAAAAUGAUCACGGCGGCGUACGUCCCCCUGCCUACUUACCACAGCCUGUUCCCAGAGUCUGUCACUGCCACGCAGCUGCUGGUUCCACCCCUGAGGCGGUGAUCAACAACACUGCCUUCUGAUUGGGCACUGGACAUUAGAUCCCGCCCUCUUUUUUAAAUCCUAAGCUCCCAUUGGACCAGUUAUACUACAGCAGAGGGUGCUCUGUGUUGAUUUUUUUUUUUUUUUUUUUUUUUUUUGGACAUAAACAACUGGCUCUCCUCCUAUUGGCUGCUUCCAAACACUGGUCACAUGAUCAUGUAAUGCAACACCAUCUACUUCCUGAUUCCUUAGUUUCAUUGGUGUGAACUCCAUGUGACCCCACCCCUCCAACUAUUAGCUCUGUGAGCUUUGUGGGGGCAUAGCAACAAGAAGCUGUCAGCUGAUUGGUUGGCCUGAAGCUGUUUAAUAUUUAAGUGUUUUUCUAAAGCAAAUUUGAUUUUGUAAAGUUAUUGAUUAAAAAUUAUUUUCAUGUCGCUCUGAAAUAUCGCAGCUUGUUUUUCUGGCUCUCGAUUGGCUGGAAGCUGGUUACCUGGCGACACCAUGAGCUGUAAGCUGUCUGAGCAGCAGAUCAACUCUAUGAACAGCUUCACAAUGAAACAUCUGGGGGGGGGGGGGUUAAACUUGCUGAUCCAUUUCAAGUCACAUCAACUUCAUGUUAAAAACAGCUUGACUGAAAGACUCGACCAGCUGGAGGAGCUGUAGAUGUUUGGUCUCCAGAACGAAACAGAAUUUUGAGCAGGAUGUAAAAUUUCCAGCUGAAUCUUCUUACCACAGUGGAUCAGGAUGAUCACUGAACAGAACUGCUCCUCUGACAUAAGAAAUGGUGUCUGGGUCCUCCCAGUCGGGACAGGUCCAACACCUGGCCGUCCAGGUGAUGUGCUGAUGUACCUUAAACAGACAUUUAAUUUCUGAGGGAAACGCAUGAUCUGAUCAGAACCUCCACUUCAAUGUGGAUGGACCAGAAUGAGACAGAAAAUUAUUUGUCCGAGAUGGGAACUCUGCAGCAGCUGGAGGAAGAACCAAAUAUGGCUGCUGCUUCAUUUCAUACCUCAAUAGCGGACCUAUUAGCUUAGGAAAUCACAAAGCUAUUCUGGCUUGAUAGUCAGCUGGUACAAACUGGCAUCAGAACCAUAAUUAAUGAGAAUAGCCGUAAGUACAAAGUUUUCAGACAAUAUACAGUUCAAUAAAAGUUUAAGCUUUUUUCUUUACCCUUUUUCCCCAUAAUUCACUGAGAUGCAAGAACCAGCUGCUACACCAUGUUAAGUAGAGCUACAUCUCAAAAAGUUAGAACAUUGUGGAAAAAGUUUGAAGUUUUGUGUCUCUUAUUUCGGAAAGUAAAACUCAUGUAGACUCAUUUUUGGUUUUUUUUUUGGUUUUUUUGUAAUUUUGAUGAUUAUGGAUCACAGAGAAUAAAAACCCAACAUUCAGUGUUUCAGAAAAAUCAUGUUAGACUGCUGUCCAGAAGACAACCAAGAGCCCCUUUUCCACUGAAAGCCUCAGUAUUUGUUUUACCUGGGAAAUAACAGGAAUCAUGGGGAAUUCUGUACUUUCUGUUUCCAUUGCUCAGGAAGGCCACGGCCCAUUUCUUUAAAUCAGGCUAAUGACGUCUGGGGAGGUUGCAAGAAAAGCUGCAAUACACCUUCAGUCCAGCAGAUGGCAUUACUCCUUGACUGUUUAAAAGACUGUUAGCUAAUAAAUCUUUUUUUCUUUCAACUGAA